GGUCUCCAGUGUACACACUCCCCUCUCCACUCCAUCGCUACGAACCCCACCCAGGACCCGGGAGCACUUCAGCUAAAGGACCACCAUGAACGCCAUGCUGAUCCACUGCCUCUGCCUCGGGCUGGCCCUGGCACUCAGCCACUCCGCCCCACCGAACCUGGAUAUGAUGAUGGCAGAUAUGGGCCAUGAUCACUCUCACGAUGGCCAUGAUCACGCUCACGAUGGCCAUGAUCACGCUCACGAUGGCCAUGAUCACGCUAGCGAAGGUCAUGCUCACGUUCACGACGGUCAAGAUCACGUUCACGGUGUCACUGGUCAUGAUCACGUUCACGAUGGUCAUGUUCACCACCACGCCGACCAUGAACAUGUGGCUCAGAUUGACCGCUGUGAGGCUGUUGAGUUUGAUGCCAUCGUGCCGGACGCUAGUGGAGUCCCCCUCUUCUUCAAAGGGGACUUCAUGUGGAGGGGCUUCCACGGACCCUCUGAGCUGAUCAAUGGCUCCUAUAAGGAACUGAUUGAGCAACACGCGGAGCUGGGUAAAAUCAACGCUGCGCUAAGCAUGAUCGCCGAGGAUUCUGACAAGCACGUCUUCUUCUUACUGAAUGACAAGGUGUUCAGCUACCAUGACCAGACCCUGGAAGCGGGCAAUCCCAAGGCCUUCUCUGAGGUAUUCCCCGGGAUCCCGAACCACGUCGACGCGGCUGUGGAGUGUCCCAAGGGAGAGUGCGUGCGAGACACCGUCAUUUUCUUCAAAGGCUGUGAGGUCUUCCACUACGAAACCCAAACCAAGAAGGUGAAGUCCAGCCACUGGACCCACAUGCCCAACUGCACCUCCGCCCUGCGCUGGCAGAACAACUACUACUGUUUCCACGGGAACCAGUUCACCAAGUUCCACCCAGUCACCGGCAGCGUGACCGGCACCUACCCCAAAGACGCACGCGACUACUUCAUGAAGUGCCCCAACUUUGGGCUUCUGAGCAACCACACAGAGAGGGAGCGCUGCAGCCAUGUUCCCCUGGACGCCAUCGCCUCCGACGGCCUGGAGAGGGCAGUGGCCUUCAGAGGUAACUACUUCCUGCGUGAGGAUGAGACCCACCGGGACGGCUGGCACGCCUCCCUGGUGUCCGAGGCCUUCAAGGAGGUGCAGAGCGACGCCGAGGCCGUGUUCUCCCACGCUCGCCUGCUCUACAUCGUCAAGGACAACAAGGUGUUUGCCUAUAAGUCUGGGGAGCAGUACCAACUCGUAGAGGGGUACCCCAAAACCCUGCAGGAGGAGCUGGGCAUGGAAGGACCCCUGGACGCUACGUUUGUCUGUGGAGAUUACUCUAUCCUGCACGUCAUCAAAGGUCAGCAGAUGUUCGAUAUUGAGCUCAGUGUCAGCCCCAGAGCUGUGGUCCACGAAGCCAGGCUUCCUUUCCCUAAGGUGGACGGGGCCAUGUGUGGCCCCAACGGCAUCAGGGUUUUCGUAGGAGCAGAGUAUUUUGAGUACAAAACCCCCAAGCUGUUGGCCUAUAGCCGAAUGCGACCACAGGCCCACAAGAUAACCCUAGAGAUGUUUGGCUGCGACCACUAGGGGGAGUCAUUUCCCACCAGUAUGGACUGAUUUACAUGAGUAUACAGAAGGUUACAGUAGGUCGGGCAAGUAUAGCAGAAAAUGUUGACAUAUCGAGAUCACAGAAUGCUUGCUAAGUAUGCCACACUGAAACAGGGCCAGCUGUCACUCGUUAAAUAAGACUGAGCGAGAGAAGGUCACCCUUCACUUCUACACAGCAGUCUGCUUGUACCUGAUGACUACUUAAACAUUUUGAACGAUCUUUUACUUGAAUAACAUUUGAAGAAAAAUAAAUACAACUUUGAACCUC